GUGUCUGCUUGGGACGCCCGCUUUCUCCUCGGAGGCAGAGUCUGGGAAGGGCUUCGAAAGGAGAGGCGCCUGGGGACCAAGGGCCCUUCUGCUGCUGCUGGAGCCAGGAAGGGAAAAGGCGGGAAAGCCAAGGAUGAUGAGGAGCCUCGGGAGAGGAGGAGCCCCGCCGGAGAGAGCCAGGUCUUGCUGUCCAUGCAGGAUGCUGGCAUGCAAUGAGUAGAGGAGCUGGAGACAGUUUUAAAGGUGUGUUGUAAGUGGUGUGACUUGGGCUCCCCCUGGUGGAAAUUAAUUGGAAUAAAACUUUUUUCAUUUGGAAAGGAAACCUAGAUCAUGGCUGUGGUCAGCACACUACCCACCGGUAUCUUCUUAUAUCAAGAAUAUAAAGCAAUGGACCCUGUGAUACUCUCCCAUUAUAAUUACACUGGAAAGCUUGAACGAGGGAAAAAACUAGGGCUGACAACCAUUGCACUUCUUGUCAUCUGCAGUUUCAUUAUCCUGGAGAAUCUGAUGGUGCUGAUUGCCAUCUGGAAGAACCAUAAAUUUCACAACCGCAUGUACUUUUUCAUUGGCAAUCUAGCCCUCUGUGACCUGCUGGCUGGAAUAGUUUACAAGGUCAACAUCUUGAUGUCAGGGAAUAAGACCCUGACCCUGUCUUCCCAGAUCUGGUUUGUUCGGGAGGGCAGCAUGUUUGUAGCUCUUGGGGCUUCUACCUUCAGCUUAUUAGCUAUUGCAAUUGAGAGACAUUUGACAAUGAUCAAAAUGAGGCCAUAUGAUGCUAAUAAGAAGUACAGAGUCUUCCUGCUCAUUGGAACAUGCUGGCUUAUCUCAGUUUCCUUGGGUGCUUUACCAAUCCUUGGCUGGAACUGUAUUGGCAACUUAGAAGACUGCUCCACCAUUUUGCCUCUCUACUCCAAGCACUAUGUGGCCUUUUGCAUCAUCAUCUUCAUGGCCAUUCUGGUGGCCAUUGUAAUCCUCUAUGCCCGCAUUUACAUCUUGGUGAAGUCCAGUAGCCGUAACGUCACUAAUCAUAACAACUCUGAGAGGUCUAUGGCAUUGCUCAGAACAGUUGUGAUAGUUGUUGGGGUUUUCAUUGCCUGUUGGUCUCCAUUGUUCAUCCUGCUGCUGAUUGAUGUUGCCUGCAAAGUGAAAGAAUGUCUCAUUUUAUACCAGGAAGAUGGAUUCAUUGCCCUGGCAGUCCUGAAUUCAGCAAUGAACCCCAUCAUCUACACUCUGGCAAGCAAAGAAAUGCGCCGAGCAUUCUUCCGUCUUGUUUGCGGCUGUCUGGUGAAGGCCAAUGCCACAAUGUCUUUGCCAAUCCAGCCCACUCCAGAUCAAAGUCGCAGCAAAUCCAGCAGCAGCAACAACACACAGAAACCAAAGAAUGAUUACCCAGAGACUAAAGGCUCCUCGUGUACAGCUGAAAAAAAUGAAUCUUCAUUUCAUAACGGAAACCUGUGCAAAUGA